AUGAAAGGACAGAAAGGAGAGCAGAACAAACUCCUAACAGGAGGAGACUCACUCAUGGCCUAUGAGACAGAGGAUCAGGAGACUCAAUACUGCUUUCCUCACAUCAACUCAUCUUGUGUCAAGGAGAAACGCUCCAGACAUGAAUACACUAUCAUUUAUCUGUUAGUAUCACUGCUGUCAGCAUGGACUGUGUUUCUGAACCUGCUGGUGAUCAUCUCCAUCUCUCACUUCAAGAAGCUUCACACUCCAACCAACAUGAUUAUUCUCUCUCUGGCUGUGGCUGAUCUGCUUACUGGACUUAUUGGUAUACCAAUUGAGGGCAUCAAACAAAUUGAGACAUGUUGGUACUUUGGAGACACCUUCUGUGGACUCUAUGUAAUCACUGUUAGGCUAUUGCUCUCUGCAUCUCUGAGCAAUAUUGUUUUAAUUGCUAUUGAUCGUUAUGUGGCUGUGUGUCACCCUUUACUGUACCCACAAAAGAUAACUACAACUAAAACUUUGAUAAGCAUCUGUAUGUGCUGGUUUUGCUGUUCGGUUUACAGUAUUGUCUAUGUAAUCAAUAAUGGAUUUUUCAAUAUCUCACACAAAACCCUGUGUUAUGGACAGUGCACUGUUAUGUUUAGCCCUGCUUGGAGAAUAGCUGAUUUAAUAUGUUCCUUCUUGCUUCCUUGUACUCUGAUAAUUACUGUGUAUCUGAGGAUUUUUUACAUUGUACACUGGCAAGUGAAGGUUAUAAACUCUCUGAUGAAGGGUGGUAAAUGUGUAACAGAAAGUUCAGUGAGGAGGAAAUCUGAAAGCAAAGCUGCUCUGACAUUAGGAAUCAUUGUGACAGUUUAUCUGUUUUGCUGGAUCCCUUUCUACAUCUGUUCUCUAACAAAAAUGACAGCAAUCACUACUACUACAAUAACAUUUCUAACAUGGACUAUGUUUGUUAGCUGUGGUUUAAACCCUCUAAUUUAUGCUUUAUUUUACAGAUGGUUUAAAAUAUCAGUUAAAUGCAUUAUAACUCUACGAAUACUUCAGCCAGCAUCCUCUCUCAUGGAUAUUUUUAACUGA